AUGAAAUCAGACUCAGCAUUUACUAUUACUCCCGUUAGAGACUUCAAAAUAGUCACAGAAUCGGAAGAAAUACCAUUUAUCAGAGAUUAUGCACGCUCCGCGCAAAAAUACGCCGUAAUUUUAACUGAUGAUAUUUUACCUAUUGUCGCUGAAUGGCCUUACACCAAUGUCAAAGAGAUUUUAGAUAAAAAGAAGCUAACUGAGAAGCCAGUUGCUAUGGAUAUCUCUCCAAAUGGUCAAUACGCUCUUUUAGGUUAUGAAUCUGGCAGCAUUGCUAUCAUUGAUAUUGAGAAGGAAUCUCUCAUUAAAUACCACAAGAGAAAUGGAAAGCCACCAGUAGUUCAUGUCGCUUGGGGUGGCGAUUCACAGGUUUUUACGAUCGUAGACGAAGAUGGUGCAUUGUACCUUGUUAGCUGCAAGAUUCUUCUUGGCGUUGCUGCUCUCAGAGAAAGACUUAUUACUUUUAUGAAUCCAAAAGUUUUUGUCCAAGGAUUUAUCUUCAAUUCUACAAGCAACUGGAUGCUUGGUGCCACAGAAGAAUCCUUAUUAUAUAUCAAACUUUCAGACGAAGGAAAUUGCACUUCAUCAGAAAUUUACAAAUCCGAAGAUAUUAAUCCUCCAAGAUUUACAACAGACUUCCACAAAGGACAGCUUCUUGUUGCUGUUUGCACAGGUACUACUCUCGUCAUCUAUUCUUUCAACGAAGCCGGUAAAUCUACUCAAUUAUCAGAAACAUUCAUUCCUGAUAACAUUGAGCACUGCUUCUACUUAGGAAACCGCGUUUACGUACUUGUUCUCGAUAACCAUACACUCCAAAUCAUCAAAGCCUCAGGACAACUCGCAGAAAUUUGUUCAUCCGACGAAUUAGAGAAUACAUUGAAGAAUGCAAGAUGCAUGUUUGCGAACCAUCAAAAGCUCUUCAUCAUGAAUGAUUCUUCAAUGUUCCAACUCUCUUUCCUCGACUGGGGAACUGUUUUGAAUGAUUUGGCCGAACAAAAGAACUGGGGAGAGUGCUUCGAGAUCGCAAAGAGCAUCUAUACAGGCAAUAAUCUUGAGUAUUUCGGACUGCCUAGCUCAGUAAAGAAGCGUUGUUCCCAAGUUACAACAACAAUGAAAUUUAUUUUCGACCAGGCAAUCACGAGUGGCGACAAUCCAAAGGAAUUACUCAAGGGAAUGAUCGAGACAUGCGGAUACCUCGAAAUGUUUGAGUUCUUCUCGAAGGAUUUACUCAAAUUUGCAAAAGAUAAGAAUUUACUCUUCCAAUACUUCAAUUCAUCACUUGUCGAAGGUGAAGAAGUCAUCACUCUUCAGAGAUAUAUCACUAAAGCUCACUUAGAUGUCUUAUUUACCCUUUCUCCUCAAGUUGUCGCAGAUAUUUUACUCAAAUCAAACAUUAUCGAGAAAUUUGCCGCUAAAAUCGCACAAUACGCCCUUAAAACAAGCAACGAUGAACUACUUCUUAAGAUUUGGAUCGAUGUUUACGGAGAUUAUUUAUCCCCACUUUUACACUACCAAGAUAACACAACCAAGCUUUACAUCUACCUCUACAAGGUCUUCUUCGGCGAAUACCACCCUACUUAUGCCCAAAAAGUCGUUGUUGCCCUUUGGAUUUUCACUCCAAUCAACAACCGCUUCCCAAGACUCUCCACAUUGAUUCGAAAAGAUGCGGAAAGAGGUCCUCGCCUCAUUAAGGAAUUCUACAAGCUCUGCCCGAUCAAGAUGUUGAAUGGCAAUGACCUUGACUCGAUCAAAAUGGUCGAUGCCGUACUCCACUGCAUUAUAGAGUACGCGAAUACCAUGCCUCGCGAGCAGGUGGCCAUCAAAUCCCCACAAAUUUACACAAUUCUCGCAAAAACAGGAAAAAUCAUUCUUAAGAAGAAUCUACAGAUCCCAACUUACUCCCUCAAGUUCAUAAUGUUCUGGAUUUUCAACGACAAGCAGAAUAUCGAUGUUCGCGAACAACUUUUACAAUUAAUCAACGCAUUACACCCAGAAAUCGUCAAAUUGAGUGAGUUAGAGAAAGAAUGUGAGGCUGUUGGUUUCUCAGAGAUUCUUACAAAGUUCUACAUGAAAGAUAAGAACUAUAAUAAGAUUAUCCAGCUUUUACUUUCAAUUCCUGACCGCAGAUCCCGUAUUUUCCCAUUCAUCUACGAUCUGAUUGAUUCCGAGCCAGAUAAGAUCACUUCAGCCAUUGAAGAACACAUCCAAGUUCUCAUUUUAAUUGAUGCAGCCAAAACCGCCAAAUUAGUUGCAGAAAAAAUGCCAGAAUUCCACAGAACAGUUAUGAGGAAAGACAUUGGCAGCUACACGAAGUAUCUCUAUCUCAAGGAGAUGUCGAAGAACCCAGAUUGCCAACAUUUAGUCUCCGAUGAUGAUACAAUGGAAUAUUUCGUUUUAAUUUGUCAGUUUUGUCCAGAAGAAGCACUUCCUAUGCUCAAAACAACUUCAUGCAUCAUGUUCGACAAAGCGUUACCUAUCUGCGAGCGUAACAGAGUUGUCGACGCAUGUGUACACAUCCAUACGAUGCUUGGAGAUAAUCAGAGCGCUGUUCAAAUGGUUUCAGAAGAGUUACAACAAGAAUUGGUUGAAAUCUUACAUAAUAAGAAGAAAUGCAGAGUUGCUUCUUUGGACAGAGUUGGCGAUGACAAGUAUUUAAGAGUUCCUUACAAUACUAUACAAUUGGCCUUUGAUUUGCUCGCGAAAACUCCUUCUUUGGGAACGAAAUUGGAAGAAAUGUGGAGAGAUAUUUUCAGAGCAUUUCAAUUACCAAUGUAUUUAACCGCGAAAAUACCAGAUCUCGAGACGAAGAAGGCCUUCAACUUGUGUUUCGCGUAUUUCAUUGUAGAACUCAUCCAAAGGACAUCAGGAGAUUUCGUUAUGGCAACGUUGCACAGAGAUUUCUCAAUAAUUCCUGAAUUGCAAAUGAGAGAAAUUUUAUUAUAUGUUUUCAAACAUUUCGAUUACAACAAGAUGCUUUCAACAGCUGUUACCGCUUUGUUGUUACAAGACUGCAAGACACUAAGAGUUGAUGCUUCACUCGUAAAGAACAGAGCUGCAAACAUUUGGACAACGAGAUGCGGAAUUUGCAACCAGUUCAUUACUGGUCAAGGCGGAGUAGGAAUGUUGGUUUUCCAGUGCGGACAUUGUUUCCAUAAUAACAACGUUUGCGGAAAACACACAAGCUGCCCAGUAUGUAAGGGUAUAGCUGCUAGAAACAAUAACGCGGAAAUGACAUUGUCUAAGAGAACAAUGGCAAAUAGAGCAAGAGCUUUGCAAAGAGUCGAAUUCGGUUUGAAGAAGAAUUUCGGUGAUGAACAGGAUGAUUCUGCUUCUGGACAUCAUAUUUACUUCUUGCCAGAAUACCCUGUUAAGGCAACAAAUAAGAUAACACCAAAGUUCGCUGACUUCUUACCUCCUGCUAACUCAGUCUUCUCUGAAAUUUAA